AUGCCAUGGUGUCUCGAUCCCAUCAUGGGUGCGCCAGAUGCAAGCGGCGCCGACAAAGGUGUGACGAGUCCAAACCCAGAUGUGGCCGAUGUGCCCAAGCAGAGACCACCUCCCUCGACAGGCCGCCAACCCCAGCAGCAACAGCAACUACCGUCUACAAACGCCGUCUCUAUUGACCCCGCCACAUCAAAGCCCUUGGGAAUUCGGACAGAUCUACCCAUACAAGUCCUCUCUCCUCAAAUUCUCGAGCUGGAUAUCUUGAGCUCGUGGACUGCAGCAGAGAAAUCUCUAUGGAGCCACUACAUCACUACCGCUUCCAUGGUGGCGAGCCAUGUCCAGCUUCGCGACCAGAUGUGUCUCCAGAUCCUACCCAUGGUCAUGCAUCUUCCAUCGUUGCUAUAUGGUACCUUGGCACUCUCUGCACUGCACCGGUCAGCCAUGCUCGAUACAGUUUCAACCCAAUUCCGUCCUGACGACACCAUCUCCAAUCUCAUGUCAAAGAGCUUGAGACACCUCCGUCAAGAGAUAACGAGUCACACCUUCCAUCAGAGGCUCAUUCUCCUCCACACAAUCAGGACAUUGUGUGUCUGUGAGAUUUAUUCAGGUAAGGCAGACUCUACAUGGCGCAUUCAUGUACAAGGUGCCCGGGCCAUAUUACAUUCCACCAAUCCCUCACCGCACGUCGGCAGAAGCAGUGAACCACAUUGGCUUACCCUCCGUUGGUACAACUCGAUGGAGGCUUUGACCGCUUUGACCCAUCGAGGUCCCGCACUGGACACAGAGGCUCAAAUUCAACGAUUCACGAAAAACAACCUAUUGGACGACCCUGACGACCAUACCUUAGAUAUUUAUACUGGUUACUCUGCGGAUCUCAAUAAUGUAUUCAAGAACAUAGGACUUUUAUCUGCCCAGCGACAGGCACUAUUGAAGUUCGGCAGCAACAAUUUUGAUACUGAGGCACACAAAGACCUUGACAGCCAAAUUGACCAUCUCGAGAGUACUGUGCAGGCAAUGAUCUGCCGGGAUGGCAAGGACGGCUUGAGAUUGCCCGCCAACCUCACCUUGCACAAAGACGAGCUCGAUCAGUUUAUUGCAUGCAAUCUCGCUUACCAACAUUCAGCCUUGUUACAUAUUUAUCGCAGGUUGCAGAACAAGUCGACGGAUUCUGUUGACGUUCAGUCCUCUGUUCACAAAAUUUUGGAAGUUGUCACCCGAGUUCUUCCUAUGCAACCAUUGUCUCCAUGGGCUCUCCUUACAACCCCUCUUUUCUCAGCUGGAUGCGAUGCUCUUGGUCAAGACAGGGUGUUGAUCCGCCGCCUGCUUUGCGACCUCUAUGCCACUCUUCGCAUUCGCAACAUCCUGCGAGCCAUUGAUAUACUUGAUAGGCACUGGGAAAUGCCACCGUUGCCCACCUGCAAGGUCUCCCAACCGAGAUGGGCUUCCCUGCAGCUCGACGCAAGUAUCCCAUUGUUUCUCCUCAAAUCCCAGAACCAGCUCACCCAUUUGAGCAACAUGAGCACAUCUGUUCGCGCAUCUACACGCACAAGCAUUCGAUGGCCGCCCGCCGAGGCGUCCGAACCUACAGAUACACUCGUACUGAGUGUCGGUGAUUACUACGUCGACCUACGAGUCGCUCUUAUCGACAACAGCAUUGACUGGGCCCUCGCAGGACAGCAUCAUGUUAUUUCCAACGAUCCAGUCACGGUUAGAUUUAGCCAUCCAUUCGACUCUCAUUAUGUUUUUGGUCAAGUCGAAGGUCCACCCGAUGAUGGACUAUUCACUGAGCUUCCCAACGGCGAUGAGCUGGAGACGGGGGUUAUGCCUGCACCUCACCUGGGUGGCAAAGUUCUUCCCUAUGAGGAAGUUUGGCACCAGUUGAAUCCGAUGCGGAAUUCUUCAGACGGUGACAAUGGCAGCCCCUCCUGGAUUUUGGAGAGCGUGGAUGGGACCAGAUCAACUGAUGGAGGGGUGACAGUCAAGUCUUAUUACGCCAAAACUGGUCGGUACUAUCUUGCUCUACGCCGCAAAGAAGACGCGAGCCGAUCGAUUCUUAGUUUCUCCGCCGUCCGACAGGAUUGGGACGAAGCUCAGUGCAUAUGGGUCACAAAAUAUGAGAUAGGAGAUAUCACUGGUAUGUUUGUAAUCCGAGAUGGUGUUGAAAACGAGGAGAAGUGGUUCGAGGGUGACCAAGUUGCCAUCGGCUCGGAGGAGGAAGCUUGUAUCGUCAGGGCCGUGGCAUUACAAUCAUAG